AUGACUGAAACUAGAACCACGGCCUUUCCAGCUCGCCCCCAGUUCUCCGGCUUUAUGAAGCCGUGCCGUGUCGAGGGCGAAACCCUGAAUCUGGAGGUCUUGGGAGACCUCCCUACAGACAUUGAUGGUGUCUUCUACAGGGUGAUGCCUGACCCUCAGCUACCCCCGUUUAUCGAGAACGAUCCUUGGUUCAACGGUGACGGUAACAUCACUGCCUUUCGAUUCCAUGACGGCAGAGUCUCCUUCCAGCAACGCUAUGUGAGGACAGAGAAGUUUGUCCGGGAGCGACAGGCUCAACGAGCGCUGAUAGCACAGCUGACCCUAUUCCUCUGGUCUAUUGAAGGCAAAUACCGCAACAAAUUUACCGAUGCCGUCGAGUUCAAAGUCCGCAGCACCGCUAAUACAAACAUCGUGUACUUCAACGGGCAACUCCUCGCGCUGAAGGAGGAUUCGCCCCCCUACGCGAUGGAUCCGGUCACACUCGAGACAAGGGGUCUCUACGACUUUGACGGCCAGCUACCUAGUAUGACCUUUACUGCGCAUCCAAAGUUCGAUCCGGAGACGGGCGAGAUGAUCUGCUUUGGUUACGAAGCUCGGGGCGAUGGGACCCCUGACGUCUGCUACUACACUGUGGGCCCCGAUGGGAAGUUUACCGAGGUCGUUUGGCUGGUCGCACCUGUUGUCGCGAUGAUUCAUGAUUUCGCGGUGACGGACAACUGGGUUAUCUUCCCAAUCAUCCCGCAGUUGUGUGACAUCGAACGUAUGAAGCAAGGCGGCGAGCAUUGGCAAUGGAGCCCCGAAACGCCGCUGUAUUUAGGCGUCAUACCGCGCCGCGGAGCAAAGACUGCGGAUGUCAAGUGGUUCCAGUACAAGAAUUCAUUCCCGGGGCACACCGCAAACGCACAUGAAGACUCGAGCGGCAACCUCAUCAUCGAUCUCGGGCUAAGCGAGAAGAAUGUUUUCUUCUGGUGGCCCGACGCGCAAGGAAACGCACCAGAGCCCAGCUCGAUCCGUUCCCAACUUGUCCGCUUCACGAUCAACCCACGAGCCGAAGAUCUGAACCUCACCGAACCACGCAUCCUUCAGGCGGACAACUCAGAGUUCUACCGCAUCGAUGAUCGCUACGCCACGAAGCCUCAUCGACAUGUCUUCUUCGACAUGAUGGACCCGAGCCUCGGCACAGACUUUGCGCGGAUUGCACCUGUGCUCGGCGGUGGAUACCCGCUGUACAACUCGCUUGCGCGUUUUGAUAAUGUUACGGGGGAAACGGAGGUGUAUUUCCCUGGGAAGACGCAUAUGGUUCAAGAGCCCGUCUUUAUCCCCCGUAGUGAGUUGGCUGCUGAAGGGGAUGGGUAUCUCCUGGCGCUGGUGAACAACUAUGACUCGAUGUCGAGUGAGUUGCAUUUGCUCGAUACGGCUGAUUUCACGCGGGCGAGGGCGAAGAUUCUCCUUCCUGUGCGACUGAGGCCGGGGUUGCAUGGGAGUUGGGUGGAUGGGAGUGAUGUUCCGUUAUCUGCCGCACGUCUUUAG